UAUUGACAACGGAGUUGUUCUUGAGAGGGAAGGAACAACACACGUGUAUUCCUCAAUCUGAAGGUUAAAUAAGCCGGUGGUCGGGUGUUUGUUGGCCGCUGAGAGUGGUCGUUUGGACGGUUCUAUUUUGGAGAGAGUACGGUCUGGAGCGGAUACAACGCAGACAUGGACCCAGAGAAAGCACAGCAACUGGCGGCGGAACUAGAAGUGGAAAUGAUGGCUGAUAUGUACAAUCGGAUGACCAACGCGUGCCACAGGAAGUGCGUGCCCCCCCACUACAAGGAGGCAGAGCUGUCUAAAGGGGAGGCGGUCUGUCUGGACCGCUGUGUGGCCAAGUACCUGGAUCUACACGAGAGGCUGGGCCGCAAGCUCACCGAGCUCUCAGUUCAGGACGAGGAGAUGAUGAGGAAGAACGCUAUUGGACAAUAAUAUAUAUAUAUAUUUUUAGGGAGGGAUGGGGGUGGGUUAGUGCCAGGGUUACCAUGCUUUCUGUGCAGGGGGAUAGAGAGAGGGAGCGAUAGGGUGGGAUGGAGCGUUGGGGUUUAAUAAACGUAUGGCUCUUAUGGAGGGGAUGGAGUUGCCGUCCAGAGUGGCUUGGGUGUGUUUAAAGAGCAAGAUGCUUGGAAGGAAGGUUUGUGAUUACGGUGUGGAUUGGAAAUUGGGAUGGAUGAAGCCUGUUUUGUGUGAACAGUGGUUGUACUUGUGGUUUGAGCCAAUAUCUCUUUUUUUUUUACCACAGUAAAGACACUGCAUAGUUAACUAUUAUCUGUUCAGCCAAUCAGUGCUCUCUCAGCAUUGUGUGUGUGUAGCCCUUUUUAGUUAUGUGGGCGUGUCAGAAGUGAUGAUGAAUUGAGAAAUCCCCCAAUAAUGUUUAACAAAAUGCUUUCAUUGUUCCAUAGUGCAGUAUUCUCUGCAGCCAUUCCUUAGGGGGACCCUGGGAGAGGCUCCUUUCUGCUCUAGCCAUGGACUAAUACACCUGUCUCAACUAAUGAACACCCGUUGGGCUCAUAUCAGUGUCUCAGAGUAGGAGUGCUGAUCUAGGCUUUAUGAGUACGGGCCCUUGUCCCGGAGGAAUAGAUGGAGACACUGCUGUAGUCAAUAUGAGGACCAUGCCUAUCUGAGUGUCAUUUCUUUACAUUUUCAUCAGUCUCAGUUUGUUCAUUGGCUUUGUAUUUUCUUCAUGUUGAAACUGUGCUAAUGUUGUACAAAGUUUUCUUUUGUGACAUUUUAAAAACCUUUUUUUUGUUUAAAUCUGAAUAAAUAUUGUUAUAGUAUAUAUUUUAGUUUUUAGUUAUAAGUUCUACACUGUAUUUUCUUCACAGUAAUACAAUAACACUGUACUUAUUUUUAUGUUCCAAAUGGCACCCUUUUUCCUAUGUAGUGCACUAUUUUUGACCAGAGCACACUGGUCCUUGGUCAGAAGUAGUGCACUAUAUAGGGAAUAGGGUGCCGUUUGGGAUGUAUUAGCCUUAUUCAAUGUUAAACAUUGCAGGAAAAUAAGGUGUUCAAUCUCAGAACAUGUUUACUUAGUAGACUUGUAUGACGUUUCUUGAAACCUCCCUCCCAUUACAAAUAAAAUCAACUGUCAAUUUCAA